AUGGAAAGUCACCGAGACAACAAAAGAUACGCUCAUUGGAAUCUCGAAGACACGGCUCAAUUAAUUCAUUCCAAAUUUCCUGGCUCUACGGUCUUGGUGAUCAAACCAUCAAAAAUGCACCUGAAAACUUUUAGUGUUUAUAAUAAUUUUGUGGAAUCAAAUGACUUUGGAUGUCCGAGCCAUUCCACAGAAUAUGGUGCCAUUUCCAAUUUGAGUAAACUAUACCAAAAUAUUUUAUCCUUAUCCGAUGCAGGUCCGCAUCCAUUAUCUCUAAUUGGUUUCAGUAAAGGUUGUGUCGUACUUAAUCAAAUAGUUCACGAACUUGUAGGACUGGAUACUCUGGACAAAGAGUCUAACGAAUUCGUUAAAAGAAUCCAGCAAUUCUAUUGGUUGGAUGGUGGUCAUAGUGGCGGGAAAAAUACAUGGGUAACAGACGGCUCAUCGUUAACGGCUCUGGCUCAAUUGAACUGUGAUAUCCACGUGCACGUGACACCUUACCAGGUCAAGGACGCGAUGAGAUCUUGGAUUGGUCGUGAGGAAAAGAAGUUUGUGAACACGCUAAAGAGACUUGGUGCGAAUUUGUCCCAUGUCUUACAUUUCGAGUCUGAAGAAAGGUGUAUCGAGAACCAUUUUAAAGUCUUACAAGAGUUCCGGUGA